GUACGUUCGUCAUCAGUGCGUCAAACAGAAAAAAUUAAGAUUGGUUUCACGGGCAAACUGUCAGGAGUAAAGGAAGCGAGCUGAUGGCAGCGACAGAAGCCCUCCAGCUACACUGACUGUAGGACUCUUGCAUACAAAUGGAGGAAAGGGCUGUCAUCGGAUAAUUGGAGCUUCAGCUUCCAAUUUGCUGAAGGCUCAUCAGAAACCCAAGCAGGUCAUAUGAGAUGUGAAUUUGGUGAAUGAAGAAUGAGGAACUUGAGUAACAACGUUAUUGCAGAGGAUUGACCAGCAUCAUCAUUUCACACGUAUCCUCUUCUGUUUGAGCCCCACUCAUUCCGUCUAAUCCUGCUCGUUUGCCUCACACACACCUUCAUCUACCGGGUCUGCUGUCCAGCCCAGGCAGAGUGGACCUGUCCCGUUUCCCAGGCCUCGUGCCCUUCCAUCGGCGGCCCGCUCCGGCGGUGUGUUGGUGUACGAUGGCGCGGUGGGACGCUGAGGGCUGCCGCGGGGGACUGUGAUGUCAGAGCCCAACAGCCCGGGCGAGAGCCGGCGUGGCGCUCCCAGAUUCUUCGUGGGCUGCGAGGACGAUGAGAGCGAGGUCCUGGAGGACAGCAUGAGGACAGACAUGGAGCUGUAUGAGGACGAUGAAGACACAGACUCGCCCCCGGAGCGACAGAUCAUGGUGGGGAUCUGCUGCAUGAUGAAGAAGUCCAAGUCCAAGCCAAUGACCCAGAUCCUGGAGAGGCUGUGCAGGUUUGAGUACAUCACUGUGGUCAUCUUCCCAGAGGACGUCAUCCUCAAUGAGCCUGUAGACAAAUGGCCUCUGUGUGACUGCCUCAUCUCCUUCCACUCCAAAGGCUUCCCGCUGGAUAAGGCAGUGAGCUAUGCUAAACUCAGAAACCCUCUGCUUAUCAAUGACCUGAACAUGCAGUACUACAUACAGGACAGGAGAGAGGUGUAUCGCAUCCUGCAGGAGGAGGGGAUUGAUCUACCACGCUAUGCUGUGCUAAACCGUGACCCAGAUAAACCAGAUGAGUGUAACCUGGUGGAAGGAGAGGACCAUGUGGAGGUGAACGGAGAGAUAUUCCAGAAGCCUUUUGUUGAGAAGCCUGUCUGUGCUGAGGACCACAAUGUCUACAUCUACUACCCCACCUCUGCUGGUGGUGGCAGUCAGCGUCUCUUCAGAAAGAUUGGGAGUCGGAGCAGCGUGUACUCUCCAGAAAGCAGUGUGAGGAAGACGGGCUCUUACAUCUAUGAAGAGUUCAUGCCAACAGAUGGAACCGAUGUUAAGGUGUACACUGUGGGGCCGGACUAUGCUCAUGCUGAGGCCCGGAAGUCCCCAGCUCUGGACGGGAAGGUGGAAAGAGACAGCGAGGGCAAGGAGGUCCGCUACCCUGUCAUGCUUUCAGCCAUGGAGAAACUGGUGGCCCGUAAAGUUUGCUUAGCAUUCAAGCAAACUGUCUGUGGCUUCGACCUUCUCCGAGCCAAUGGACACUCUUAUGUGUGUGAUGUCAACGGUUUCAGUUUCGUGAAGAACUCAAUGAAGUACUAUGAUGACUGUGCCAAGAUCCUCGGGAACAUCGUGAUGCGUGAGCUGGCUCCUCAGUUUCAGAUUCCUUGGUCCAUCCCUACUGAGGCAGAGGACAUCCCCAUUGUUCCCACCACUUCAGGGACCAUGAUGGAGCUGCGCUGUGUCAUUGCUGUCAUCCGACAUGGAGACAGAACACCUAAACAGAAGAUGAAGAUGGAAGUUCGCAACCCCAUGUUCUUUGAUCUGUUUGAAAAAUAUGGAGGAUACAAAACAGGGAAACUAAAGCUGAAGAAGCCAAAACAACUCCAGGAGGUGCUGGACAUCACACGGCAGUUGUUAGCAGAACUAGGACAACACAAUGACUGCGAGAUAGAGGAGAAGAAAUCCAAACUGGAGCAGCUGAAGACUGUUCUGGAAAUGUAUGGCCACUUCUCGGGGAUCAACAGAAAAGUGCAACUAACUUACCUGCCCCAUGGGCAGCCCAAAACCUCCAGUGAGGAAGAAGACACACGUAAGGAGGGCCCAUCUCUGCUGCUGGUGCUGAAGUGGGGGGGGGAGCUGACUCCUGCUGGCAGAGUGCAAGCUGAGGAGCUGGGAAGGGCCUUCCGCUGUAUGUACCCUGGAGGACAAGGAGACUAUGCUGGAUUUCCAGGCUGUGGGUUACUGCGGUUACACAGCACCUACAGACAUGACCUGAAGAUAUACGCGUCUGAUGAAGGCAGGGUGCAGAUGACAGCUGCAGCUUUCGCAAAGGGUUUGCUGGCUCUGGAGGGCGAGCUGACACCCAUCCUGGUGCAGAUGGUGAAGAGUGCCAACAUGAACGGGCUGCUGGACAACGACAGCGACUCGCUGAGCAGCUGCCAGCACCGUGUCAAGGCCAGGCUCCACGAGAUUCUGCAGAAGGACAGGGACUUCACUGACGAGGACUACGAUAGGCUGGCCCCGACCUCUAGUGCCUCUCUGGUGAAUUCAAUGAAGAUAGUCCAGAACCCAGUGGCCACAUGUGACCAGGUCUAUGCCCUCAUCCAGAGCCUCACCUCACAGAUCCGCAAAAGAAUGGAGGACCCCAAGUCAGCUGAUCUGCAGCUAUACCACAGUGAGACACUGGAGCUGAUGCUGCAGCGCUGGUCCAAACUUGAGAGAGACUUCCGCAUGAAGAACGGCCGUUACGACAUCAGUAAAAUACCUGACAUUUAUGAUUGUGUGAAGUAUGAUGUCAUCCACAAUGCUACUCUAGGCUUGGAGGACACACUGGAGCUGUUCAGACUGUCUCGAGCUUUGGCUGACGUCGUCAUCCCACAGGAAUACGGCAUAAAUAAAGUGGAGAAAUUGGACAUAGCAUACGCCUACUGCCUCCCACUGGUCAGAAAGAUUCAGCUUGACCUGCAGAGGACCCAUGAGGACGAGUCUGUCAACAAACUACAUCCUCUGUACUCUCGUGGAGUGAUGUCUCCAGGGCGCCAUGUCAGGACACGUUUAUAUUUCACCAGUGAGAGUCACGUCCACUCACUGCUCAGCAUUUUCCGCUAUGGAGGCUUGCUCGAUGAGGAGAAGGACCAGCAGUGGAAGCGUGCCAUGGAUUACCUCAGUGCCGUCUCUGAGCUCAACUACAUGACUCAGAUUGUCAUCAUGCUGUAUGAGGACAACAAUAAGGACCUGACCUCUGAGGAACGCUUCCACGUGGAGCUUCACUUCAGCCCGGGGGUCAAAGGCGUCGAGGAGGAGGAGAAUGCACCUACCGGCUUUGGUUUCCGGCCUGCUUCUGCAGAGGUGGCACGACAGAACGGGCAGAAACAGCCCGACCCCGGCAGCCUGGAGGACCUCUCACGUGAUGAGACGGACCGUGCUGUGCCAUUGUCUGAGCCAAUCACUAUUCAGAGGAGGUCCCCGCUCAUACGCAAUCAUAAGACUGGAUCAAUGGAGGUCCUGUCGGAGACAUCUUCUUCCAAAGUAGGCAGUUAUCGCCUGUUCUCGUUCUGCUCACGUCAGUCCCCAGAGAUGAAACAAAGUGGAUUAGGCUCUCAGUGCGCCGGGCUCUUCAGCACCACUGUCCUAGGUGGGUCUUCUAGCGCCCCUAACCUGCAGGACUACGCACGCGCACACCGCAAAAAAUUCUCCACCGGCAGUCUGUCCUACAAAGACGAGUUGUUGUCUAUGCCGGCAGUAAAACGAUUUUCUGUGUCGUUUGCAAAGCAUCCGACUAAUGGAACACAAGAUGACACAUCCACCAUAGCAGUGGCUCCACCUCUCUGGUGCACUGCGACAGAGCCCUUGGAGGAGCACCAUGUGGCCCAGUUGUUGAGGCGUUUCUCCACCGACCUCAGCCUGGGCCGCCACCUCUCUCUGGACGGGGCGCUGGCCCACCACCUCCACCAGUGCUCCUACCACCUCCGCCUCUUCCGAAACUGGCUCAUCUCCGGCCAGGACCCCCUAGAGUACCUCUACGGCUUUGAAGGCUGCUCCAUGGUGCCCUCCAUCUACCCUCUGGAAACGCUGCAUAACUCGCUGUCACUAAAACAGGUCAACGAGUUCCUCACCGGAGUGUGCGAGAGUGCAGGGGACCCACAUACCAGGACUACCAGAGCUCUGUCAGCCAUGUUUGACACACACAACCAGCCAUCAGUGGACUCGUACAUCCCUCAGAGAGUCCUCUCUUCUUCCAUCUCUCUCAGAUCUCGUUCUGACAGACCUCCUUGGUACAGCAGCGGUCCAUCCAGCACAGUGUCCAGUGCUGGGCCGUCUUCUCCUACCACAGCUGACACUUCCCCACGCUUCAGUUUCAGCGAUAAGAUCUCCCUCACCCCUCAGAGCAGUGAGGAAACUCACUCCUCUCAAAACAUUUCCUCUCAGCCAGCGCCUGCCACUGGGUCACAAAUCCUCGACCUAACUUGCCCUGCAGUUUUAAACCCAACUGAGGUCCCUCUGACUCCAAAUAACUCACCAGAGGAAGAUGAUGUUGCUGGUCACCAGCCAGAUAAUCCUGAACACAUGCAGGAGGGGACAGAGGUGGCCUCUGCUGCUGUGGAUCUUCCUAUUUCAGAUCCUGGCCUGAGGCCGCCCUGCUCUGCAUUAGCUGAGCUCGCUCUGGGUCGGAUGGAGGGUUACUGCCUCCCAGGCUCUCUGCCUGUGCUGCUGGAGCUCAGAGAGAGCAGCAGCGAGGCAGGUUCUAGCUCUCAGACGCCUCAGUCUCCAGAGGGACCUGACGAGUUUUUCGACACCCAGGAGUCCUUGGAGUUAUGGAUGGACAGUCCAGAAAGCCUCCCCCAUCCUGAGACGCCUCUGGAGGUUGGAGCGACUCACACAGCAGAGCCAUAGGGCAUGGAAACUACAGAACAACAGCUCUGUCAGAAACUACUGUGGUUACACCUGUAACUUUACAGGCAUCAUCAUCUUUGUUGUCAAUCAUGAGCAGUGAGGCAUUGUACUGAGCUACAGCCAAUCAGACCUCCCCUCUCCUCCAGCUUGAUGACUGUGUGUUGAGUAAUUACAGGCAGCUGAUCCUCACACUAGGCCCUGUGUUGGAGAAUCAUAUGAUGAUGCCAUACGUGCUGUUUGUUGCCUUUGAAAAAGCACACUGGUGACACACCAGUGACACCGCUGAGCCUCCUCUGACAGUCCACUGGUUCAGUCCAUCUAUCUGUAAAGAUGUAGGAAGCCACUCGUUGCAAGGUGAAGGGUUAUUGUUAAGUUUAAAUUAAACAACUCUCUUGUUACUGUUGCUUAUAUGCUGUUGCACAAGCCCUUUCCUUAAAGCUGCAUUAAUCAAUAUUUGGCCACUAGGGGGCAGGAAAUCUCCAAAACAAACUAAGAGUUCCACAGCCCUGACAAUUUACCAACUUAUAAAGUAGGUAGCAGAUUCUGGGCAAUUAUCACUCCUACUGGAGUGUUAAUUGUGUCCACCUGAUGAAUGUAAGUCCAAUCUCCGCUCCCCACCAACUCCUGAGAAAAAUAUCUGUCAUUUUAGCUGCUGCUGGAUGUUUCACUAAAUUCACCAGCUCGUUGCUAACAUUGUCUGUCUACCAUUUUGUGCCGGGCAGGUAGUGCACUGUGGAUUUAACAGGGGUAGAGGAGAAUAUUGAGUCUUAACCAGACAUGAAAUGUGCUGUAAAACCAAUAGAGCUAAAAGAUGCUAAAAAAAAAGCUACAUAGAUAUUUGGAGUUGCUGGUAAUUCUGUUUGGGUUUUCACAUGUUCAGUUGAUUCAUUAGAACCAUAAAGAUAUUGAUUAAUGGGGCUUUAAAUUGUGUUCUUUUCUGUCUCUCAUCUUUCUUACAUUCAGCCCUUACUCUUGGUCAGCUGCAGUGCUGAAGUUUUAGCCUUCGUAUUACCAAUUUUCAUAUCAUCUAUCACAGUUAAGUGACGGGUAUCAGGGCAUGUUUCCUGGCGCUGGGGCGGCGACACCUUAUCAUUGCUAUAUGAGCAAAAGCUUUCCUGUUUUCCAUGUCUGUUACAGGAUACAGUGACGUAUAGACCCGCCGCUUUUAUGAGAAACACAGGAAAUGACUUGCAGCACACGACAGAAAAACUGACAGAAAAUACAAUCAGUAGCUCUUCUGUUCUUUAUCAUACGCCAGAGUCUAUCUUUUGCUGAGCUUCUGUGGUGCUACAUGUUCAGUACCUGCAUUGGUGAUUUAAGAAAACAAAAGCUGAAUGAAUGAAUCUUCAUUGCUGCCAGUAAAAAGUCUAAGUUUAAAAUGUAAGUAAUCUCCAGGUAAAACCGUGUGUGCACUGCUUACUGCCAAAGUCCUUAAGCCUCAUUGAAGAUUUAAUAUAAUCAAUAGGAAAAAAUAGAGAGAAAAUAUUUAUUUUGAAAUUGCAUCUUGAAAAGAAAUGUCUGGUAUUUUUAAUAGCCACACAUUAGAUAUUUAAUUGUACCAUAGCUAAUGUAUAUUUUUUGUAAAAUCACCUCAUGAUGUGGGAAAAUUCUGAAAGCUAAUCUCUCAUUUUAUCACUGAACAAACGGGAGGGGCAUUUUACAUUCAAUGUGCUUUUAUUGUGGCAAGCAUUAAUGUAGCAGGUGUGUUUGUGUCUGUACGGGGAGAGGGUGCACACAUGCUUGAGAAGCAAUUCAGGUAGAUGAGUACACUGAUGUGCAAUUCUGUGUGUAAUCAGUGGGAUUUCAUAUUACAUUGCAAUGUACUGUAGAGGUGCAAAACACAACUGUGAGUUGGUGAAACUCUGACCUGUUGUCCUGUCUGUGUGUACAGAUAAAAAAAUUACACCAGU